AUGGUUGCCGCCAAAAUCCUCGCCGUAGGGCUGGUUUCCGGUGCCCUCGGCGGCAGCAUCAUUGCCGAAAAAGCGCAUCUUCAGCUUCAGCGGCUAGCUGAGAUCGCGCGUGGUGUGGCUAUUUCUCAUGUCGCACAUGGACCCCUGCAACACGAGGGAUGUACUCAGCAAGCCCUCAGUGUCCGUCGUGAUUGGAGGGCCUUUACUCGCAGGGAGAAGAAGGCUUAUAUCAACUCCGUGCUUUGCUUGCAAAAGUUGCCCUCUCAAACACCACACCACCUUGCGCCUGGGACCAGGUCGCGAUAUGAUGAUUUCGUGGCUACUCAUAUCAAUCAGACCUUAGAAAUCCACUACACAGGGACAUUUUUGGCAUGGCACCGAUAUUUUAUCUGGACAUUCGAGCAAGCACUGCGCAACGAGUGCGGUUAUACUGGCGACUACCCCUAUUGGGACUGGGGAGCCGAUGUUGAUGCCAUGGAGAAAUCUCCCGUUUUUGAUGGAAGCGACACCUCACUAUCCGGCAAUGGCGCCUAUAUCCCAAAACAACCUGAGGUCAGACUUAGUCUGGAAGGUCAUCCCGAUAUAUUUCUACCUGCAGGUACCGGAGGCGGCUGCGUAACCAGUGGCCCAUUCAAAAAUUAUACGAUUAGCAUGGGUCCCGCUGAUCUGGUCGUACCUGGUCGCAACGUGAGCACCAGGAAGCAUCCGCUCACAUAUAACCCGCGCUGUCUCCGACGUGACUUGACCAGCGCCAUUUUGCGGAAAUUCAACACCUACCCCGACAUUGUGAAUUUGAUUGUGCAGAGUAAAGAUGUGUGGGAUUUUGAGAUGCUCAUGCAAGGAUUCCCGGAUUCGGGACUCAUCGGGGUACACGGUGGGGGCCAUUUCUCGAUGGGCGGCGAUCCAGGGCGCGAUGUCUAUGUGAGUCCGGGCGAUCCGGCUUUCUGGCACCACCACAACAUGAUUGACCGUGUGUGGUGGAUCUGGCAGAAUCUGGAUUUAAAGAACCGACAAUAUGAUAUUUCGGGUACUGGUACUUUUCUCAAUGUUCCACCAACCCCGAAUACCACGCUCGAGACCGUCAUCAAUGUCGGCUACGCUGGGGGCGAUCCUAUUGCGAUGAAGAAUAUCAUGAGCACAACUGCUGGCCCAUUCUGCUACAUCUAUCUAUGA